AGUCUCCCUCUCCCUCUCCCUCUCUCUCCCCCUCAGCCUCUCCCACUCAUCACUGCUGCAGUGUCUCGGCGCCUCAGUCACUGACCUUCCUCCGGGACCAUGCAGGCGUUUGUUGCCAGGUCAUUUCUGACCCCGGUCAGGGAUGAAGAAGCAGAGUCUCAGAGGAAAGCAAAGUCUCGUCAUGCCAGACAGACCCGCAGGUCAACACAGGGUGUGACUCUGACCGACCUGAAGGAGGCUCAGCAGACCAUCAGCCUGUCUCCUCAGGACAGCAGGCAGACAGAGGACGCUCUGAUUGACAGGUCCAGCCUGAGGAAAGGUUUCACAGAUGAGAGGAGAGUCAAGCUCGGCCCGACGGAGUCCACGGAAACAACAGAGAUCAGUGCAAGAUGGAGAAAACUGGACGAGCAGGGAAACAUUGAACCCAGGUUAGAAACCCUCGUCGAGAAUCCAACAGCAAACGAUUUCUAUUUGUCUGAUGCUGGAUCCUGUGGCCUGAACGCCUGCAACACUUCUUUUAGAGGUGCUGAGAGAUGGUGGAGAGAUGAGAAUCAGAACCCUGUUGAGGAUUCAGCACAGAUGAGCUUUGCCACGAGGCAGCAACAGAGACGACGCUGCCGUGAUGGUGAAGCUUCAGACUUCAACCCUGCAGAGCAUGAAAGACUGUCGAGAUACGACUCCAGUGGAGAGAGUGCGACGGACAGACCACUGGGCCGCACCAGCUCCUACACGCGCAGAGAGACCAGACUGGCCUCGCUGGGUAAAGACCCAGACUCCAGCGCCAAAGACUACAAGAAGAUGUAUGCUGAAGCUCUGCACGAGAACGACCGGCUCAAGUCCAGGUUGAACGACAGCAAACAAGAACUGGUCAAGAUUCGCUCUCAGCUGGAGAAAGUCACUCAGAGGCACGAGAGGAUAUCAGAGAAGUCUUCAGCACUUGAAUCUGAGAAAAGGGAAAAACAAGUACUUGAGAAAAGAGUGUCAGACAUGGAGGGGGAGAUAAAGAUCUUAACAGAGCUCAAGUCAGACAACCAGAGGCUAAAGGAUGAGAACGGGGCGCUCAUCCGAGUCAUCAGCAAACUGUCGAAAUGAAAAGAUAUGUGAGGCCCCAUAUUCUCUGUGUGUGGACGCUCUGACCCUGAAACAGCAGUUUCAUUUCCCCCAGAUAUCACCAGUCGUGACUCCUCUCUGAGUUAUGGUGGAUAAUGGUGAUGGGCCAUCAGGGCUGCAGAAAUAAAUUCCCACUGGCGACUGGUGAAGUUCUGAAAGGUGUUUAGAAGUUUUAAGUCAUUUUUUUACAAUGUACGGUGGAGUUAUUAGAUAGUGUUGUUUUUUCAUAUAUUAAUAUUUCACAUGAAUCAAAUAGGGACCAGUCGAACUAGGUUGUUUCAGACCCAGUUGAAACAAGUCCAGGGGCUUGUAUGAAGGAACUGCAUCUAAUAUAAAGUCACGUUUGUUGUCACAUCCUGAUCUUGUCACUGCAGAGGUUUUUUAAAGUUGUCUUAUUUAGAAAUGGAGAGAGAACACAAUUAUAUCAUUGAUUUAAUUUUUAAUUACUCCAGUAAUCAUCUUUUAAAGUGUAUUGAUGCCACGGCAGAAAGAAAACAAUUGAUCAACGUCAAAUUAUAACGAGAAAUGUUCAUCAUUAGAAUAAGAUGUUUUUACGGAAUUACGUCAGAAAAUGUGUCACGUGAUGGAAACAUUUAUCGUCACAACCAUAAAAUAUAUUUACUGCAUCAAAUUUUCACAUUGAAUCACAGUGAUAUGAAGUGUAAUAACUUUAAAACAUUUAAGGUUAUAACAUGAAGCCUGUAUCUUCAAAUUAGGAAACAUGCAGAGAAAAGGUUUGAUUCAUUUCUUCCUCAUGUUCGGUUGAGACUCGAUGAGAUUCGGUUGGUAUUGUUAUUUCGUGUGAUAACAAAACUCUGACGUAUCGAGUCACAUCUGAUUCAAACCUGAAGGAAAAAGUGUGGUUGGAGAAAAAUCUUUAUAUCAAUUAGAAUAUUUGACCAAACGGGUAAAAUGAACUGACCAAGGAGCUUCUGAUCCAGCAGAUAAUUGAAGUGUCGGUGCUGCAAGAUGCAAUUUCAGCGACAAAACUUCUCUCAAAACUCAAAACGUUGAAGGAUGAAAUCUUUAAUCUCUGAGAAACCGUGUCAGAAAUCCAAACAGCUGAAAUCUUUGGAAUCCUCUGGUUUCACUUCUCACUGAGGUGUUUGAACUGUAAAACUUUCCUUUAGAAACCUGUUAUCAUCGGCCAUCAUCAUAAUUUGUUAUUAAGAAAAAAAACAAGGCUUGUUUUUAAGAAACGUGCCUGAAAUGCACUUUGUACAGAAAUGACAGAGGCAUCACUGGUAUCACCUUUAGAAUAUUAUAUAUGUUUCUUUAGUAUAAUCGAUUAUUUUCCAAUUUCUGUGUUUCAGCUGUUUUUCAUGUGUUUCAUGUGUUUCAUAGAGGAUCUUUUUAUUUUACAUUUUCUGGUUGAAUAAUAAUGAUCACUAAAUCCUCAGAAUGGCUACACAGAAGAAACUGAGUACUAUAUUAUGUUUUGUAACAGAGAUAUAUUUAUUUAUUUAUGUGUCUCUUAGUUUUGAACUUCAUAUGUUGUUUCUGUCAAAGGAAUAAACCCGAUCUGGUUGAGCCGGUGAUGAAAACAUUAAGAUCAACAUCAUCCACCGGGAGAUUACACACUGCCGACAUUUAAGAUUCCAUAACUCUGUCUAAUAUUAAAAAUCGAGCACAA